AUGAAUGGAGACUCCGGAGAGAGUCCCAUGCCAUCUCCCCGCAAAGUGGCUGCACGCAGUCACCGGAAUUCCCAGAAAGGCAAAAACGGCCCUGCUGUAACCCCACGUGCCUACCACUUUAGCCGGGGAAUCGGGGAAUAUGGGGAGACACUUGUUUGA